UUUUUGUACCGCGUACCGUCCGGUCGCCACGUUCAGUUGCUAAACAGCGAUCGAGCGCGUUGGAAUGCGCAGCUAAUUACUGCUGGCACCGUACAUCGCGUACAUCGCGUACAUUGAGUGCAAAUACUUAUCACCCACCAUUCCUUUCCAUACAAUCGGCCAGCGGUUUAAAGAAAAGAAAGAGGAGUUUUUUUUUCCCUCGAGAAGAAAGUGACGCACGGUGCUCGGUGGGUUUAGUGGAAAUUGCGCAAAGUGCACGCUUCGAAUUGAAGAACAACAAAACGUGACAGAACAAAGCGAACAAGAGUGUACGCGGAUUUAAUUAGUGGUGCCGAGUUGUUUUGUUUUGUGCGGCGCAAGUGUAGAAAAGGAUCAAAUUAAAGUUGCUUCCGUUUAAAAGAAACAAAACAACUCCGUCAUGACGGCGGAAACGUUGAAACCGUUCCUCAAUCUACCGAACGCGACGGCCAACGAUCUGAAGGCGCACUGUGCGCAAAAGUCCACCGUAAAGCGAGGAUUAGUUGCACUCGGAUGCAUUCUUGCGGCGGCACUGUGCUGUGGGCUCAUCGGGGUGCAGAUCUGGCAUUUGAAUAAGACGGCCAUACUGCAACAGGAAGUCGAUGACCUGAAGCUGCAACUGUAUCUGCGUGCCCGCGAAUUCACCGAUUACGAGUUCGACAACGAGCUGUUCGACAGUCCGGACGAGUACGUUUACGAACCGGAGGACCUAGACCCGGACGUGUCCGACGAUGGGCACCGCGAACAGGAAACGAACGAAAGCGGCCUAUCCAGCAGCGGUAUGCAGGGCGAAGACUUGGAGCUGGACGAUAGCGAGGAAAAGGAAAACCUUGGCAUCGAGGAUCUGCGGGAAACGAACGACGACGACGACGACGGCGACGAUAUUAUCAUUGACGACCGGGUGGACAUCAGUGUGCCGGCCGGUGGUAAGCGUCGGGCCCGUUCCAUUUCCGGUGUUACCCGGCAGGGUGUGCCGAUUGUCGAUGAACCGUACGUCCCGAGGCGGAACCGUACCCGGCAUCCGCACCGGAUCUUUGAGCAACUGCGUCAGCGGCCGGAAGAGCUGGUCACACCACCAACGUCGGCCGAGAUGUUCCGGUGGGAUGUGGACAGUCGCAAAACCUCCCAUACAGCCGCCCGUCAUCAGUCGUACGGUUCUAUCAGCAUCAGACCGUACCAGCAUGAGGCGCACAGCCUUCGAGAACAUCACAGCACCACACCGAUGCCUGUGGCGUACCGUUCGCAUGGGGGCGUAAGACAUCACUCACGCAACGAGCUCCACGCAGGCAAUCCCACCAAACCACCGGCACAAAUACUGAACCGAAUGAGCCGCGUCCAGGCAACGGGCGACAGCAUGCGAAAGCAGCUCCAGCAAACGCAACGAUUCCCCAAGGUGGUUGGCAAUCCUGGAACGCAGAAGGAAAUCGUAAUGGCACCGGAAUCACGCGUUCGUUUGCGUCAGCGUAAGGGCGGAGCCGUACAGCCGGCCGAACCCGUGGCCAAAGGUGUGCAUCUGGUGGAGCUCAGCACCACGGACGCCGUCCAUAGUGACUCCCGCUACCAGGAAUGGAGUGCGAACGACAACGCGAGCAAACAGGCCCUCCAGUCGUCCUCGUUCGCGUUCGACGGUGAGCGGCUUACCGUUAACGAGCCCGGUCUGUACUACGUGUAUGCGCAGGUAACGUACAGCAACGAGUUUGAAGCGAACGGCUACAAGGUGCUGAUCAACGGCCGGAAGCACCUUUCCUGCACCGUCAACACGGCGCAACAGGGCGAAAACACCAACACCUGCUUCACGGCGGGCCUGGCCGAGAUUGCCCACGCCGGCACAACGAUCGCGGUCGAGGACGUGGCCCACGGCCGGCAGCACGUCAUGUAUCCGGAGAAGACGUUCUUUGGUGCGUUUAAACUUGGCCGCCUAGCAGCACCGACCGUGACCCAUCGUAGGGCACGCAAGGUGGCUUAAACCGCCGGUGGCGAGCUUUCAUUCAAGAAGAAAAAUGUAUUUCGGCACGAGUACCUGUGUGUUUGAGGGAGAGAGAGAGGGAGCUGAAGGGAGAUUGAGGUCGAUGGAACCGAAUGGAGCCCGAUUAUGGCCGAUAUUCUAUUAUACCUUGCUGUGGUGUCCCCUGUGUAACGUACGCUGCAAUCUAGCGCAUGUAUUUAUCAAUGUAUUUAUUUUCACCCUCUCCGUUUUCUUUGUAUAUGCGUUUGUGUGCCUGAGUGUUAGCGUGUUUUACUGAAUACUAAAAUCCAUACAAUUAAGCAAUAUUAAGUGGAGUAUCAAAUACAACAAUCAUUGCAUUGUAUCACUAUCUUGCUGCAGUCGCGACGAGUCUAACGAUUUUUGCUCUUGCAACCAAUAACCGAUUCAAAUCGUUCGUGGUACGGAAAUGGUUUGUGAUAAUGUUUACGGCACGUGCUUCCGUGCCUGCUAGAAGUAGCAGCAACCUAACAAAACCAUAGUACGGGCAAACUUUUUUUCUCUGUGCUGCAAAAAUAAAGAUGUACCAUUGCGGAAGCCCGAA